CUAACACACACUCACACUCUGGAGAAACACGUCACUGAGCUUGGGGACUCAGCGGCUCAUUAAGGAGAAGGAUGUGAUAUUCUCAAUCGAGACUGUGAGACUCCCAGCACGCCUAUUUAUAGAUGCAAUAUCUCUAUGGCAGUCACCGUAGCGUUGGCUAAUCGCAGCCGUAGCCCCAGACGCCAAUUAAGAAUGAAACAAAUGCUUUUUAGGUGGGGUCUGCCCCUCCCUUCUGCUAAGGUCCUUCAGUCCGCCACACUGCCUGGUGGGGGAACGGAUCUGCUUGGAGCGUAUUCCUGCAUCAGGUCGGGAUACAAGGAGGGCGGCAUGCAGAGUGCAGUCAAAGCCCUGCCAUGGCUAUUUUUAAAUGCACCCCUCUGGAGAGCAAGAGCUAGGUUUCUUAUAUUGUGGUUGUUUUCAUAUGUUUGACUCUGGGUCUGGGAUGUCCGUGGAUAUGUUGAAUUGCUGUGACUCAUAGGGCAUAAAGUUCCACCAGGUUAGAAGAGUGAUGACCAUCCUGUUCCUUACUAUGGUUAUUUCGUACUUCAGUUGCAUGAGAGCUGCUCCCAUGAGAGACGCCCCAGGUAUAAGGGGCCACAGAACGGAAGGCUACUUGGGUGCUGCAGUGACUGCCGGACAGGGCCACGGGACUCCACAGAGCGGGGGUGGGCCGGGCCAGCAUGGAGGACUGCCCUCGCUCACAGACACGUUUGAGCAGGUGAUUGAGGAGCUCUUGGAGGUGGAUGGAGAAGCAGCUCAGCUGGGGCCUGGAGCUGACAAGGGCCAGGGAGGAGGGGGUCCUUCCUCUGUGGUCACCACGGAGACCAAGGAUGUCGACCUGUAUGCCUCGCGGGUGAUGAUCAGCAACCAAGUGCCUUUAGAGCCACCGCUGCUUUUUCUCCUGGAGGAAUACAAAAACUACCUGGACGCCGCUAACAUGUCCAUGAGGGUACGGCGGCAUUCAGACCCGUCGCGGCGUGGCGAGCUGAGUGUGUGUGAUAGUAUUAGCCAGUGGGUGACAGCUGUGGACAAAAAGACAGCAAUAGACAUGUCUGGGCAGACCGUUACCGUCCUGGAAAAGGUCCCUGUCCCCAAUGGCCAACUGAAGCAAUACUUUUAUGAGACCAAAUGUAACCCUAUGGGGUACACAAAGGAGGGCUGCCGUGGAAUAGACAAGAGGCAUUAUAACUCCCAAUGCAGGACAACCCAGUCCUACGUGCGAGCGCUCACCAUGGAUAGCAAAAAGAAGAUUGGCUGGCGGUUUAUAAGGAUAGACACAUCAUGUGUAUGCACAUUGACCAUUAAAAGAGGAAGAUAGUGUAUAUAAUGUAUAGAUUUUAUUGAGAGUUUAAAAAAGAGAGUAAAGAGAAAAUAUCUAUUUGUAUAUAUACAUAACAGGGUAAAUUAUUCCGUCAAAUGAAAAUUUUAUGGACUGCAUGUAAAAAAAGAUGACGUUUAUACAGUAAAAGUGAUACUACAGUCUAUUUAUUGAACAUAUUCAUGACCUUGUAAACAAUUAAAAAAAGAUCUGAUCAGUCAUUUGCGCCCAGUUUAAAUUACUAUAUCACAUUCCUCAAGACAUUGUGGUUUGUUUACGUUGCCAAGAAUGUGAGAAAGAGGGAAAAGAGCGAUGAGGGUGAGGACGAGUUCCAUUAAAAAAACUUGCAUGCUGCUUCAAUUGUGAAUUGAGAAUUUGUCCACCUAAGAAAAAAGGAUAUGAUACCGACCAAAACAUUCCGUUUACAUACUCAACAGUAAAAGGGUUUUCCUCCUCAGUACUUUAUCUGUUUACUGUUCUAAACUUCUCAAGGUAAUGUUGGAAUUACAUACUAUGUCAAGGUGCUGUUGUCAAAGCUUUGCUGUUUAUUUUUUUAUCCCCACCAGAGGACAAAAUAUAAGAAUAUAUAUAUAUAUAAAAAAUUUAUUCAUUGACAUAUGUUUCUGGAUUAAUAUAAUUCAUUUUGUAUGUUGUGAAGUUGUUUGCAAUAUUAAAUUGAAAUAUUUAAAGAAAUAAAAAUGACUAUAGGCAA